UUCCAGCAAAACCCUUGGCAGUAUUCUCCUAAAAUGAACAGAUGCUAGGGUUUAAACUCCAAGAUUUUCAAAAUCCCCUCUAAGUCUGCAAUCCUCCUUCACACUAGAUCAAUAUCGAAAAUGGCGGUGCCCCAGUUGUUUGGUCGGACGAAAAACGUAUCAAAGAGAUCGAAGAAGUACUUAGAAGAAGCACUUUAUUUCAGGCUCUUCAAAGAAGGGAGUUCUGAGGUCAGCGUUAGACAACAGUUGAAUCAGUUCCUCAACAGCUCCAAGCGUGUCUACAAAUGGGAAGUUGGCGACACUCUCAAGAAGCUCCGCGAUCGCAAGCUUUAUUACCCUGCUCUAAAGCUAUCAGAAGCUAUGUCUAAGAGGGGCAUGAAUAAGACAGUCAGUGAUCAGGCUAUUCAUCUUGAUCUGGUUGCCAAAACUAGAGGCAUUACUGCUGCAGAAAAUUACUUCAUAGAUCUUCCUGAAACAUUGAAGAACCAUCUAACAUAUGGGGCCCUUCUUAACUGUUAUUGCAAAGAAUUGAUGACUGAAGAAGCUGAAGCUCUCAUGGAAAAGAUGAAGGAGCUCAAUCUUGGUGUAAGCUCCAUGUCAUACAACAGCCUAAUGACCCUAUACACAAAGGUUGGUCAGCCUGAAAGGAUUCCAGCAGUCAUUCAAGAAAUGAAGGCCAACAAUAUCAUGCCAGAUUCUUAUACAUACAAUGUCUGGAUGAGGGCUCUGGCAGUUGUCAACGAUACAUCUGGUGCUGAAAGAGUAGUUGAGGAGAUGAAGAGAGAUGGUCGAGUUGCUGCAGAUUGGACAACAUAUAGCAACUUAGCCUCAAUUUACAUUGAUGCUGGCUUGCAUGAGAAGGCAGAAAAGGCAUUGAAAGAAUUGGAGAAGAGAAAUGCUCGUCGAGAUCAUUCUGCUUUCCAAUUCCUAAUUACUCUGUAUGGUCGAACAGGAAAUUUGCCUGAGGUUUAUAGAAUAUGGCGUUCUUUGAGAUUAGCUUUUCCUAAAACUUCAAACAUAAGCUAUCUGAAUAUGAUCCAAGUCCUGACCAACUUGAAAGAUUUACCGGGUGCAGAGAAAUGCUUCAGAGAAUGGGAAUCCAAUUGCUCAGCUUAUGAUAUCAGGAUUGCGAAUGUUCUUAUCAGAGAUUAUGCCAAAGAGGGUUUGCUAGAGAAGGCGGAAGAGCUUAAGGAGAGAGCCCAAAGGAAACGGGCCAAACCUAAUGCUAAAACUUGGGAAAUAUUUUUGGACUAUUAUUUGGAAAAUGGGGAUAUAAAAUUGGCAAUUGAUUGUUUAUCCAAUGCAAUAUCUACAGGUAGAGGUGAUGGUCAGAAGUGGGUUCCAUCAUCUGAGAUUGUUGGGUCUUUCAUGGCACAUUUUGAGCAACAGAAGGAUGUUGAUGGAGCAGAGGGUUUUAUUGAGAUUUUGAAGAAGGCCAUAGAUAAUGUGGGGGCAAAUGUGUUCGAGUCAUUGAUAAGAACUUAUGCAGCUGCUGGAAGGACAAGCAAUGUGAUGCUUCGCCGACUGAAGAUGGAAAAUGUAGAGCUGAGCGAGGCAAGUAAAAAGUUGCUUGAAGUGAUUAGUGUGGAGUGAGUUUUAAUUGCUGUUUCAGUUUUGUUGUUAUAGUUUCAAUUCCUUUAGAAGCAAAUUUUAAAUGUUUCUUACUUGCAAUUUUGUUUCAAUAAUGAAAUAUGCUCAUAUCCAAAGUUUGUUAUGAUAAA